AUGAGACUUUUGAAUGGCAUUCCCGUCGUGGCAGGGCUUGUCUCCCUCGCCCUGGCCGUCCCUCACGCCUCGACGAACGCCCAAAAGAUCAAUGUUAUGAUCCAGCAAGUCAAGGCUUCUUCCGAGAUGGACAUUGCGGUCGUGAGCCAGGAAACUUCUCAAGUUCUGGGUUAUUCUUGCUCUAAUACCCUCGACUCGGGUGUCUUUGCUGAUCUGCCCAUUAUGGCCAAUGUGGACGAGGAUGGUGCCCGUACCCUUGCUAUUGGCUCCAAGACGUUUUUCAUUCAUGAAGAUCAGUCUUCGACGCUGGCCCACGUUAUCAGCAUCGCCGGCGGCACCAAAGAGGGUUCGAUUAACAUGAACGACCUACAGGGCUUGAAAGUUCCGCUAAGUGGGAUUAGUGGCCACAUGUUGAGCGUGAUCACGCUUUCCCAAGAAAGCUUUGCAACCUAG